AUGGAAGAUAAUUAAACACAAAUUCCAUUUGACUAUAUUACUUUUAUCAAAACCAUACCAAAUCAUUACCCUUAUGAAUGCAUGGGAUUUAUACUUAUCCUCAUUUACAUCUUUCUGUACAUAACAGGAAAUACAACCAAUAAAAAAAUUGCAUUAAAAUUUGCAUCAACAACAUACGACUUUUUUAAAACUAAUUUUACCUCUGUUGGUGUCACAAAUAAAGAAAAUGGACCACUUCUCUAAUCCAUUUCAAGUAAUUCCUUUGGAUUUAUUGCUUAAGGAAGAAACAAUUUAAAUUGUUUAGCUGUCACUAUUGAUCUAAAGAAAAGAUAGGAUUUAUUGUCAAUGUUAUUCUUUUCAUUCAUUUGGCCUGAAAGAGACACAAUCACUAUUGAUAUACCUAUAGCAGCCUCGCCAUAACCAAUUUGUUUUGCUUUAGUCAAAAAAAGAGACGCUAAAUCAUAUAAAGAAGCCAAUAUCGAUCUAAAAUAUCUUUGUGAAAAGUUAUCCAUUGAUAAAAUUGAUGACAAUUUAACACAUGUCACACUUGGUGAAGGUAAAGAACCUUUGACAACCAUUUUUGAUUUAAAAGUAUGUCAAGCCUUAAAAAAAUAUGAUAAAUACAUAUAAAAUAUUCACUUUACUGAUUAAAAAACACUUGUACCAAAUCCAUAUCAUCUUAGAGCUACCUUAAUUAAUAUUGAAUCAAUAGAAGAUUUUACAGAAUUCAUUUAAUUGAUCCUUUAAAUUGUAGAUAGGAUUGCUAGUUUCAAAUUAUCAUCAUAUGCUAGAUAAUAAUAUGAGGAAGAAAGGGCGAAAUUUGAAGAAAUCAAAUCUAGAGAUGAAAAAUAAAAGAAAAUUGAAGAGGCAUAAAAAAAGAAGACAGAGAAAUUACAAAAGGAAAAAUAAAAGUUAAUGAAUCUCCCAAGAGAAUAAUAAAUCAAAUUGUAAGAAAAGGAGAAGAGAGAUGAAAUCAAAAAAAAAUAUGCAAAAAGAACUAUGUAUAUGUGAGAUAAUAUAUUAUGCAUAAUUAUACAAUUUAAUUUGCACC